CAGACAUGGAUAAAAGAUCCUCUGAAAUAGAGAUUAGCAACUCCAGUCAGAGCCAUCUGACACUGUUGACGUUGAGGGUCCCUGCUGAUGGUUGCUCAGCAAGCUCAGUGUGACUGCAAACGGUGGUAUAGAUGAGAAGCUUGGCAAAAAGUGAUACGAGAGAAGCAAACUUGAACGAGUCAGGCAAUAUCGCUUGACCAUGCUUGAGAGCUCCCGGAAGUACGUGGUAUUGGAAGUAGGAAUAAGAGAAAACCGAUGUGAUCUCUGCAAAGGUGCAAAGGGCGCAAAGUCGUUACUUUUGACUAGAGUUCGGAAACGAAAAGGCGAUAGCGAAAUUGACAUCAUCAGAAUAUUAUGAGCACAAAGACAAAAGUCUUGCUCUUGACACCUCUUCAGUAGACAAUUACAACCUGCCUCUGUUGAGAAAGAGCACUGAGUACAUCUAUAGUUAUCCCCAAAAAAAGAAGAUGCCGUCUCCUUCGGUUGUGAUUGUGUGCACGUCGGCCGACAAGUUUGGUAGCGACGGACAUGCUACUGGUGUAUGGUUGGACGAACUAGCGCACCCCUAUUACAUCUAAGGGCAGGCCUCAAUUUUUAGCAAGCAGUACUUCCUAUAAUCUUUGUAUUACAUUUUUCCUCUAUCAUUGGUUUUAGAUUUUUCCUACUUGGGAAGGCUGGCUCCAACAAUAAUAUAAUCUGCCUAAUUACUCUCUGACUAUGGUACAAAUGAUCUCCACUAGUGUGAGUAUGUUGAACGAUGUACUUUCUAAAAAGAGUCUAUUUCAUCAUGGCUUUAAAAAUUAAACACGACAUCGCACUGAGACUGACUAGAUGGGGGGUGCCUUCCUCACAAAAACCUACGCUCCAACGUAGGAGUUCUUUUGUUGACCUAAUUUGUGCUUGCAGAUCACAGAAAACUACGUCCUCCUCAUUCCAACGCAAGUAGAUAUUAGCUUUCGUCUUCAUCUAAUGUAAGCUUGCAGCUGCAGGCAUGGAGGUUACGGUAGCCAGCUUGCAGGGAGGAGAGAUUCCAGUGGACGCGGGCUCUCGAGGAGCAGCCGUUCCGGACUUUUACACCGAUGUCGCAAAGAAGUUUGACGCCGAUGAAAAAGCAACGGAAAGGUUGAAAAAUUCAAAGAAACUCACUGAGUUGGUACUACUAGUACUGUUUGUUGUUUUUUUAGAGUACAUCUGAGUAGAAACUCAAUGACUUCUUGGUAUUAGUGCUUGUCUUAGACAGUGACAGCUGUAAGUAGGGCACUACUUCUUGUCUUAGAAGACAUUUGCUAUAUCUAAGUAGCUCUCGUAGUUUUAGAUUUAGUUGACAUAAGUAGUUGCUUUAGAUGAUUUAAGUAGUUGUUUUAGACGUCCAAGUAGCUAGUUGUUCUUCUUCUGUUCGAGAAUGACGUAAGUAGUUGUUGUUGUUCUGUUGAAGAAGGGGUCUUGGUACUGUUUGUUCUACAUGGUGCUUGGGUUUUGAGUUGUAGAAACUGAUACUGGUAUGAGCUGAAGAGGCAGAAGAAAAAAAAGAGAACUGAGUAGAGUAAGCACCUGUGCCUGAACCUGCAGCGCCUCAGUCACAAGUACAGUAUCAUCGGGGUGCAGAAUCAGUUCAGUUACACCAUAGUAUCAUCGAGCUGUAGAGUCAGCUCAGUUACAACAGAGUAUCAUUGGGGUGCAGUAGCUCAGUUGCAUCAGUGCCAUCUUUUCAAGGAUGAAGAAGCUGAGGAUACUUAGAGCCUCAGUCACAAGUACAGUAUCAUCGGGGUGCAGAAUCAGUUCAGUUACACCAUAGUAUCAUCGAGCUGUAGAGUCAGCUCAGUUACAACAGAGUAUCAUCGGGGUGCAGUAGCUCAGUUGCAUCAGUGCCAUCUUUUCAAGGAUGAAGAAGCUGAGGAUACUUAAUAUCUUUUCGAUCUCACACUCAAAGAAUAGAGAGGUAUCUAGAUUCUAGAAGCAACUAUGUAGCAUCAUCACCCAAAAGGGAGACGAAAACUCUAGAAAACUCGUGAUUUCUCAACUUUUGAAGCUCAUAUCCAAGAAAUUUCGAAUAUAUCUCAUCUUUUUCAAAUUCAUUUCCUGACGAACGCUUUGCAUUUCAAUUGAGUUUCACCUAAUAUCCAAGAAAUUUCGAAUAUAUCUCAUCUUUUUCAAAUUCAAUUCCUGACAAGCUCUUUGCAAAGCAAUUGGAAGCCCUUUCGCUUUGCUUUUGAAUCACCUAUGGAGUAUCUUCGUUCCUGUUGGUGCUCAUCUGUGGCCUAGUCCUAUUAUCGAUAUCUUCAGCCUACAGCAUUCAAUCCUUAACCGUUUCUGGCCAUCUGGGUUCUGCAUUUUGAGUACUAGAAUGACCUGUCAGCUUGAGCUUCUACCUUCAUCCGCAGCAGCACACAAUUGGUAAGAGUAAAAAUACAAAGAAGUUGUAUGAAGAAAAAUCCAGUACCUUCUAUCGUCUUUUUUUUCUAUAAUUUACUACACCUGACUCCAUGUACUACUUGAUACUACUUCUAGCUCUACUACAUUUCUUAAUAAUCCUUUGUGCCUCAAUAAGGCUGAUAAUUCCCUUUGUAUAAUUUGUUUCCAUUUUACUCCAGUCUCCAGACGCAUUCGAUGCUAUCUACAUUCCUGGUGGGCAUGGCUGCUGCGCUGAUAUGUCGGAUGAUGCUGCUCUGAAUUAUGGCUCUUUUAUGCUCAAGUGACCCGGCUCUUAAGUGAAAAAAGUGACCCUAAAGUGAUCCUGAUACAUGGAUUCCAUCACUACUACACAAGUGCUGACCCUCAUGGAUUCAGAAGUGACCCUCAUGGAUUCAUUCACUAGUAGUACUUAAUAGUUUUUGGUCUGUUAUUGUAUGUUUCAUUCCAUAUCCUUCCAGGUAGUUGUAGACAACUGUUUUGCAUCGAUCUCUGCUUUCUUUGGGGACUAUAAUUGAUUUUUCCUGAAGCAUAUAAGAAGUGCAGUCAGAAAAACUCGUCAAGUACAAGUAGGAAAAAUGAUAUACCUCACGGUAGAUACAUAUGGGAGGACAGGGAUAGGGAUUCUGGAUGAGCCGUUAUUUUGAGUGGUACUCGUACAACUAGUACAAAGGGAAAAUGAGCCACAUUCUGCUAAUGAACGACGUUCAUCGAGAAGAUGUAUGCGGAUGGCAAGCCGGUUGCGGCGUGUUGUCAUGGGCCUGUCGCUCUACCACAGUGCUGCAAACCCGAUGGUACUUUUUAAUGAAGUUGUAGUUGUUGUUCCUGUGUGUGGACGACGUAGAAAAGUAGUCUUCUAGAAGUGGUAGUGGACUGUGAUAAGAUUGCAGUAGUGAGUCACCAUCGAACAACAUGUUCUUAGGCACUGCUCUGGUUUCGGGUCUCAAGAUUGCCGUCUUUAAGGACGCUGAAGAGGCUGACGUAGGACACAAGGAUCGAGUAACAUUAAGGCUUGCAGUUAUUGAGCAUCAUAAUACUUAUCAUGAUCACUAUAGCCUCUUCUAUUACAGACAUACUUUUCUUAUUCGAGGGAGUGAGAUUAUCAAGAUUUUGGUCUUCUUCGGUCUGAAUCCUUACCAUGAUCACCCCCCUCUUCCUCACCCUCCUCAUCCCAAUCAUCCCCCUCAUGCUCCUCCCUACAUCUGUCUAAUUUUUCCAUGGCUACUGGAAGCGAAGUGCCGUGAGCUUGGAGCCGACUUGCAGCAGGUGGACAACUGGAAUUCCAAGGCAGUGCGCGAUGGUAACCUCUUCACAGGACAGAAUCCACAAUCGAGCGUCGCACUCGUAGAAUUAUUGCUGGAUGCAAUGAAGCAAACUGCGUAGAAGUGUGGAAGGUGUGUAGUUCUAGGUGUAGGUGUGAAACUGAACAAAGCAGGUGAGACAUUUCUGUCUGAUCAAGUCAGAGGCGAGACGGACUCAUUUCAGGAAAGCAAUGACGAAGCAGCCGGAGAUGGAGAUGGAUCUGGCACUAGAUCUUCAUACCAAAUCAAAAUACUCUGUUGCUCUUACUGAGAAUCAGCGUCAACACGAGAUUGAUACUUCCGGUCAGUAGAACAAAGAUAAGUACUAAAAAUACAUGAUCUGAUAACAUAUUUAUAUCUUUAGGUUGCUUUAGUGUCGUAGAUCUAUCGUCACCUCAAGUUGCGCAUGUUAUAUUUCUAAUUUUUUAGCUUGAGCAAUCUCAAUCAAGUGAAGAUGGCAUGUGAUCUCAAGCAAGUGAAGAUGGCAUGUGAUGUAGUGGUGAUAUCGGACGUUCUGAUGUGGCUUCCUGCUGGUGUCAUGUUGUUAGCGAUGUCUUACACCAGAAGGCAACUGAUGAUCAUGUAGUUUAGACCCGUGAAAAGAUCCAGAUGUUUAUCCUGUUGUGGGUCCUCUCGGUUCGCACGACCACAGGAUGAAAU